UAGCCUCGCAUCCCCACUCGAGCUAGAGACAAAAAGAGACUCUCCCAAGCACAUUACACUCAAAAAUCGCUAUCAGUAUGGCCAGUCUCAGAACGGCAGCCAUUGUUACUACUCUAAUAAUCACAGCAACACAUCACAGCACGUCAGCAAAGCCUCCGUCUCCUCCGACACCACCGGGCAUAGCUCCGGUGCCGGCAGGGGCGAUUACAGAAUGUUUCAGAGUCUUAGUGAACACAUCAGAUUGCCUGAGCUUUGUGAAAUCUGAAAGUAACCUCACAAAACCAGAGAAAGGAUGCUGCCCAGAGAUAGCAGGACUAGUGGAAAGUAACCCCAUUUGCUUGUGUGAGCUGUUAAGUCAUCCUGGAGCUUCUGGUUUCGCCAUUGAUGUUAAGAAAGCUCUCAACCUUCCUUCUGUUUGUGGAAUGUCUUCUUCUUCCGCUCCUAAUGUUACUUCCUGCUCAGCUGCGGGAGUCCCAGUGUCGUUGGCUCCAAUAAGUCAAGAUGCCACGUCUCCGAGUGAUGUACCAGCAGAAGGAUCAGCACGAAGCCCUUCAUCAGAGGAAUCUGCUUUGAGCUAUCUUGGAAGCCAAGAUGAUGAAGAUGGAGCUUCCACCAUUAUCAAGGACUUCACUCUCAAUUUCAUAUUAUUAGGCUUGGCCACAUCUAUCGUCUUCAUAUUAGUAUGAUUUUUCAGCAUUAUUAUUAAUUAUUAUGUUCUUUAUUAAUGUCAUUUUUGAACUCACUAGUAUAAUGUAUAGAUGUAUGGCGCCCCUUGACAAUCAAUGGCUAAAAGAUAUAGUUGUUAAA